CAAGCUUACCGCUGACAACUCUUCUCCCUCUUUCCUUCUCGCUGGACUCGCUUGUUUUUUUCCGAGUCGGUCGAUAGAAAACUUCGCGACAGCUUAUUCCACAGUUGCGCUUCAGUAAUUACACGCUCGGCUAUUCUUUGCUACUCGAAAGUUUCGGUGCGAGAAUACAGAAGGAGAACCAGUUCGAUAACUUUGGAGUUACCUCGACAGAAGACCUACGGAGCCAUGCAUCGAAUGAACACAAACAAGUUUAAGAUGGACUACUCGGCCUUUAAAACCGAAGUUUCGAAAAAGCGGAGAUCCGCCGCAACGAGGGAACUGACGAAGAUCGCCUACUCGGCACCGAACAACGUCAUCUCGCUGGCGGAAGGUAUGCCCAACGAGCAAACCUUUCCGUUCUGCGAGAUCUCGGUCAAGUUGAUCGACGGUUCGGACUUUGUGUUGGAAGGCGACGAGCUCGCCGCCGCGCUUCAGUACAUCCCCAGCCAGGGCUAUCCGCCCCUGCUGCAGGCAAUCAGGGAGUUCCAAAGAAAGGCGCACACGCCACCCCAGUGGGAGACCCGCGAAGUAGCCAUUGUGGCGGGUGGUCAGGAUGGACUGAGCAAGGCGCUCGAAGCUAUCAUCGGGCCUGGCGAUCCGAUUCUCGUUCAAGACCCCUACUACCCUGGCGUGAGCGUUGUGAUCGCGCCGCACCAGGCGGAACUGAUCUCGAUCGAGCAGGACGACAACGGGGUGAAGCCGGCUUGCCUGCGCCAGCGUCUCCGGGAGCGCGAGGCCUCGGGUCUGAAGAUGCCGAGGAUCAUGUACCUGAACCCGACCGGCGCCAAUCCCACCGGCACGGUCAUGCCGCUCGAGAGGAGGAAGGAGAUCUACAGGAUAGCCUGCGAGUACGAUUUCCUCAUUCUCGACGACGAUCCCUACCACUUCAUGUACUACACCGACGAAGCGCCGCGAUCGUUCCUGUCGCUGGACACGGAAGGUCGGGUCAUUCGACUCGACUCGUUCUCCAAGGUGCUGAGCAGCGGCCUCCGCGUCGGCGUGAUCACGGCGGCGGCGCCGCUGGUCGCGAGCGUGGAGCUUCACAUGCAGAGCAGCCACCUGCACGCGCCGACCCUGUCGCAGGUUAUACUCUACAAACUCUUGAAAAUAUGGGGCUUCGACAAAAUGAUGGAGCACUUCCGCGGUAUAAGGAGUUUCUACAAGGAGCGACGCGAUCUCAUGGUCAAACUCGCGCAGCAGCAUUUGCAAGGAAUCGCAGAGUUUUCGGUGCCAAGUGCCGGCUUCUUCUUGUGGAUCAGAGUCCCCGGUAUCCCGGACACUUGGAAAAUGGUAAUGCAGCGAGGUGUCACUCAUGGUGUCCUCGUGGCUCCAGGGGCUGCUUUCAUGGCCGACCCCUUGAAACCCUGUAACGCCAUCAGAGCGAGUUUCGCUAAAGCUUCCUACAAAGAAAUGAAUUUGGCAUUGGAACGACUGUCUUUGCUAAUAAGGAGCGAAUUGUCAAAAAAUACCUCACUCUUGCAGGGUAACACGUAGUUUGAGGAUAAAAUCGAAUAAUCGAGCCUGAACUUAUCAUCGGACCUUUCGCCGAUCUUUGGCCGACAGCUACACUGUUGGUGGGUAAACUCCACACUUCGGUCGUACUUUAACUGGGUUAUUAUCUACUGCGAGAAAGCAGUCGGUAACUUAGCCAAGGCACUCGCUGCCAUAUACCGACCUUUCUUAAUACUUUUGAAUUCUGUUGUGUGUUUCAAAAAAUCAUUGAUGGAACGGUCAAUAGUUGCAAAUUUACGUCUCAUUAAUGGCAGUAUUACUUCAUUGUAUUGUAAUUAGCUAUGUAAACUGUGUGCAUUUGUAUGAGUUUGUCAGUAGAUCAUCAGUAUCAUUUGUGUGAUUACGGCAUGUAUAAGAGCAUUUACAUUGCUGUAAACGGCCAUGUUUGAAUUAUAAACAGGGAUAAACAAAGUUUCAAUGAAAUUAGACAUUGUGUAUUUAUUCAUAA